CAUAGCCUUAGGUUUUUUCCUUCGCACGCCGCAACUCGUGCUCAGUCCAAUCGCGCCGCCGUAUUCCUCUUUUCCGGCUGCGCUGCUCCACCCUGUCCGCUGCUGUGCUUGGCUGCCGCAUUCCCUUGCGUGUUGUUUCUCUGCUGCCGCUGCUCUACGUCUCUACCUGAUCUGCGAGAGAUCGAUCUCGAUCUGACUCCAUCGUCGUCUGCGAGAGAUCGGGUUCGAUCUGGACAAGGACUAGUGGGAGCAACAUCUCUGUUCCCGCCCGGAUUCCGCCCAAACCGUCGCUCCCCGCCGGUCGUCUACAGCUGCCGCCGCCGGCCGCCAGCCCUGUCCGCUUGCCCACUCCGCGCCUCUGCUCUCAAGCUCGGCCGCCGCUGCGCAUCCGCCCCGCCCGUCGCCGCGGCCCGGUUUCAUGACAUAGGCCGACUGGGGAUUGCCUACCGUGUCAUGCUCGAGGCCAGACCCAUCAUCAUUAUCAUGAAGUGGUUGCACGACAUUGGGGUAUGUGCCGCACGAGGACUUCCCGCACCAUGCAGCUGCUAGCCAAGCACUGGCACAGAAACAUGGCAGGGGUCGAAGCCGUGCUGCCACUCCAAGGAGGAGAACCUGGUCGUCUACAAGCAUGUCCCCAGCUGCAGCCUCUUCCAAAUCCUACACGGUUGAUAAAAUUUCCUAUUCAGCUCAAAGAGGUCCUGCGGUACAGCCUGGGAAAUAAAGGCGAGUCAAUUUGUUCAUUCGCUUUGGAUGACAAAAAAAAAAUGAGAACGAAAAUAUGCUCCCAAACAAUGCUUCAGAUCCUAAACAGGUGCAGGUUGUUCAAGCAAUUUACGAUGUCGGGGAAGCAAGAACUCAUGGUUUACGGAGGUCUAUAUUUGAGAGGUUUGACCGUGACCGAAGUGGAUUGGGACAUGAGCAAAGCAGUCGAAUAUGACAACUUUAUUGAGUGUUGCCUUACAGUAAAGGUAUUUUCCAUCAUUAUACUACAGAAAGAAAUAGAUUAUAGUUUGGUGCGCUAUUGCUAUGUCCGCCUCACCUUUCUACUCGGCAGCAUAUUGCCCCGGCCUGCGGGCACUGUCAGCUUGAUGGAUGAUGAUGAUUUAAUAGUCAAGGGGCUUCCACAACUCUCUGCCAUCUGUGUUACCAUUAGCAGAAGGUAUAUGCUCGAAGAAGCUAUCAAGCGGAUCGGUGGUACAAUUCAUGCAUUCAAACUUACUGAUGAUGAUGACACCACAGGAAUGGCAUCAGUGAAAAUCAAUCUCCAGCCCCACAGCAAAAGCAUGUUGCCAACCCAAUAGGUGUUCUUUGGAGAAUCAACUCAGCUUGCCGGCGAUGCUAUUGAAUCAACAAGUUCUGUUGCUUUGGCCUAUCUGGUGACCAUGGGCAUAGUUACAAUAGACGAUUCCAACUCGGCGGACUGGUCAUCAUAUGAUUGUGCAGAAUCCUUUCAGAAUCAGCUCGCCUCCUUGACCGCGACAAAAAAGGGCCUCAUUCAGAGAGCGGCGAUGGUAGCAGUCCAGCACCUAAAUGUGUCAACGAAUUAGAGAAUGGCCUCAACGACACUGCCGGCUCGCUGCCACCAAACGAAGAAACAUCAAACAAUGAAACGGAUCACAGGCCCAGCAAGAAAACAAAGUCUGACAUGGAAAGCUUGGCUCAUGAACAAAGCCGGAAGGCUCGCACUAGUCAAGUCGGUGCUGAGUGCUAUCCCAGUCCACCAGCUGCUCGCCUUUGCCCCGCCCAAGAAGACACUAAAGCAGCUCGAGAAAAUCCAGCGGGGCUUUUUGUGGGCCGGCCGCGCCGUCGCCAACGGAGGAAACUGUCAUGUCAAUUGGUGCCGCGCCUGCCGCCCCGUGGAAUAUGGUGGCCUUGGGAUCCGAGACCUGGAGCGCGCAGGCCUUGCACUACGGCUGCGAUGGAUGUGGCUCGCCCGCACGGACACGGACCGCGCGUGGCAAGGCCUUGAUCUCCAGUUCUCCAAGGAGGAGCGUGCACUGUUCUUUGCAUCCACUACUAUGAUGCUCGGCGAUGGCCGGACAACACUCUUCUAGGACGACCGAUGGAUCAGCGGCCAAUCUGUCCGCGAGAUUGCCCCCCUGCUAUACCAAUGCAUACCCAAGCAGCGACGCAAGACACGAACAGUGGCCGAUGGACUCAACGGGAACACUUGGGCCCGAGACAUCCAAGGAACCAUCGGGAUACACGAGAUUGGCCAAUACCUGAUGCUAUGGCAGGCGAUACAGCACUUCACCCUAUCGGAAGAAACUGACCGACUGCUUUGGAGAUGGACAACAAGCGCUACAUAUUCGACCCAAUCUUGCUAUGCAGCCACCUUCCAGGGAUCUACAUGCCGCCACUUGUGGAAGCUGAUUUGGAAGAGUUGGGCGCCACCCCGCGUCAAAUUCUUCCACUGGCUUGCCUACCAGGACCGAUGUUGGACGGCGACAAGACUUGCCAGCCGCGGCCUGUAGCACCACCCUAGGUGCCUCCUCUGCGAUCAAGACCCGGAGACCAUCCAACACCUGCUACUGACAUGCCCGUUUGCUAAGCAGAUCUGGCACCGCACCCUAGACUGGACGCACAUCCCUGCCCAAACGCCGGCCAAUGACACCACCUUGAUGGACUGGUGGCUGCGGGCGAAGGCGCAAACCCCUCCAACGCUGCACAAAGCUCUGCAAUCGAUCACACUGCUCGUUCCCUGGAUGAUCUGGAAACAGAGGAACGAGUGCGUCUUUGACAAUGCAAGACCAUCGAUAGAUGCGCUAGUUGAUAGGAUUAAAGACGAGGCCAAUUGUUGGGCACAAGCUGGGGCAUAGGGGCUGCAAGUAGUCUUGCCCGCCUCCUGGGAUGUCCACUGAUCGGAGGAGCUAGGACCCUGUAAAUAUAACCUCCUAGGAGGCAUGUACUUUCCCACCUUUUCAAUGCAAUGAAACGCAAAAUCGCUUUGCGUUUUCUCGAAAAAGAAAAGAAAGUCUCAGCCUACUGCGUGUGUUUUAUUUGUGUGUUGCAUUCAUCAUCGCAUCAUUCGCAUUGCAUCGGCACUCUGUUGCCGUCAUUGUUUUUCAAACUUGCAUCCGCUCGUAGUUGCCGCGUCCCCCCUUGCGUUCGUUGACCAUUCUGAGCCUAACCGGUUUUUUUCGAUUCUCUCUUGUCUGACCGUUUGACCCUCUCUGCACAACCACCGAGCCCCUCGUGUGCGCUUCCGAAACUGUCCCGAACCCGAACCGUUCAGUCAUCACCGUUGCAUACAGAUCAUCCCCAAACAUCUACAAAACAUCUCCGUUUUCUUAAUUGGGCUCUCUAACCUAUUUAUUCUCGGACCGUCCGAUUAUAAUCGGAGGGCCUGAAUAGCCCCUAAACUAAUCUACCAGCUAUAUAACCAGACAAACCCUAAAAUCUAGGGAGAUGUCCCAUCCAUCCCCGCCGCCACACUCCACCUUUGUCGUCUCCCACCUCGGGAUCUCCUCAUUCCCAAAUCCAUCGAUCCACCCAACCAGAGCUCCUCCUGCCGACGCCCUCCGCCACCCAGGCGAGUCCCCGAGCACCUCUCCUCUCGUCCCCGCU